AGCUGUGAUGUUUUUCAUCCAUAUGAAAGUUGCUGUCUUUAGCUCCAACCUCACAGCUUCUUCGUCUAAAAUUUGAGAUUUGGAGCCAAAAUUGAAGGGAAAACGUAAUGUGGGUUCUAAUCAGCAAGUGAUUGUAUUUGUUGUUGAAUUUUCAUUUGAUAAAAAGAUAAAGCUCAAAUAAUGGCAUAUUUGUACUUGUCAUUUUUGCUUGUUUGGUUUCUAUCGAAAUCAUUUCUUGGGGAGGCUCAGCUCAAUGACCAAGCUACAUUGUUAGCCAUUAAGGAAGAGCUUGGGGGUGUAGCAGGUUGGGGUGAUAACCAAACAGAUUACUGUCGCUGGGAAGGUAUUCGUUGUGGCUUGAACCAUUCCCUUGUUGAAAGACUGGAUCUUUCUAGGCGUAUGCUUAGAGGUAAUGUUACUCUCAUCUCUAAUCUUAAAGCAUUGAAGGAGCUUGACCUUUCUUAUAAUAACUUCAAUGGACGGAUUCCUUCAGCUUUUGGGAAUUUAUCUGAGCUUGAAUAUCUGGAUCUGUCAUUGAAUAAGUUUGAAGGUUCUAUUCCAGUGGAGUUGGGUGGCCUUAGAAACCUUAGAUCAUUGAACUUGUCAAACAACUUUCUUGUAGGAAAGAUACCUCAAGAACUUGAGAUGCUAGCAAAGUUGCGGGAUUUUCAGAUUUCUGGCAAUAGAUUGAAUGGUUCUAUUCCCCAUUGGGUUGGCCGUUUGACCAAUUUGAGAGUUUUUACAGCCUAUGAGAACCAGUUAGUUGGUAAGAUUCCUGAUAAUCUAGGUUUGGUUUCUGAACUGGUGUUGCUAAACCUUCAUUCAAACCAGCUUGAUGGGUCAAUACCAAAAAGCAUAUUUGCCAUGGGGAAGCUUGAAAUUUUGGUUCUCACCCAGAAUGGACUUACUGGUGAGCUUCCUGAAGAAGUUGGUAAUUGCAGAGGCCUUUCUAGUGUUCGUAUUGGGAAUAAUAAACUUGUUGGCACCAUUCCCAGGACCAUUGGAAAUGACACUAGCCUCACAUACUUUGAGGCAGAUAACAACAACCUCUCUGGUGAAAUUGUCUCGGAGUUUGCGCUGUGUACUAAUCUUACACUCCUAAACUUGGCCUACAAUGGAUUUACAGGAAUAAUUCCGCCGGAGAUUGGACAACUUAUGAAUCUUCAAGAGUUGAUUCUUUCUGGAAACAGUCUGUCUGGGGAUAUUCCGAGAUCAAUUCUGGGGUGCAAGAAUCUUAACAAGCUUGAUUUAAGCGAGAACCAGUUUAAUGGUACUAUACCAAAUAAAAUUUGUAAUAUGACAAGAUUGCAAUACUUGCUCUUGGAUCAGAACUCAUUCAAAGGGGAAAUACCUCAUGAGAUUGGGAAUUGUGUGAAACUGCUUCAUUUGCAGCUUGGCAACAACUUUUUCACUGGAAGUAUUCCUCCUGAGAUCGGUCGUAUUCGCAACUUGCAGAUAGCUCUAAAUUUGAGCUUCAAUCGUCUCCACGGUCAAUUGCCAUCAGAAUUAGGGAAACUAGAUAAGUUGGUCUCUCUGGAUGUCUCCAGUAAUCAGCUUACUGGUAAUAUUCCACCAGCAUUUAAAGGCAUGUUGAGCUUGAUAGAAGUCAAUUUCUCAAAUAAUUUUCUCACUGGUCCGAUCCCGACAUUCGUACCAUUCCAGAAAAGUCCGGAUUCAAGCUUUCAAGCAAAUAAAGGGCUCUGUGGGGAGCCAUUGAGCUUCACAUGUGCAAACUCUGAUCCUGCGGACUACCACCAUACUGUCUCUUACAGGAUCAUACUAGCUGUUAUCGGUUCAGGUCUAGCGGUUUUUGUAUCGGUCAGUGUAGUGGUGGUCCUGUUUAUGAUGAGGGAGAGACAAGAGAAGGCCACAAGAAGCGUAGAGAUUGAAGAUGAAGGAACCAGUGACCAGCCAACCAUCAUAGCAGGGACUGUGUUUGUCGAGAAUCUCAGGCAGGCUGUAGAUCUAGAUGCUGUAGUCAAAGCCACUUUAAAGGAUUCAAACAAAAUCAACAAUGGGACUUUCAGCACCAGUUACAAGGCAGUUAUGCCUUCCGGAUUGAUUUUGUCAGUAAAGAGACUGAAGUCGAUGGAUAGGACCAUAGUUCAUCAUCAAAACAAGAUGAUUAGGGAGCUGGAAAGACUAAGCAAGCUUUGUCAUGAUAAUCUCGUACAUCCUAUUGGUUUCGUCAUCUAUGAAGAUGUCGCUCUUCUGUUACAUCAUUAUUUACCAAAUGGCACACUUGCACAACUUCUUCACGAAUCGUCGCAGCAGUCAGAGUAUCAGCCUGACUGGCCCAAAAGACUAUCAAUAGCCAUUGGAGUAGCAGAAGGAUUGGCUUUUCUCCAUCAUGUGGCAGUUAUCCACCUUGAUAUAUCUUCGAGCAAUGUACUUUUAGAUGCGGACUUUAAGCCAUUGGUUGGGGAGAUCGAAAUAUCAAAGCUCUUAGAUCCAUCCAAAGGUACUGCAAGUAUCAGCGCUGUUGCUGGUUCCUUCGGCUACAUUCCCCCAGAAUACGCAUAUACAAUGCAAGUCACCACUCCUGGAAAUGUGUAUAGCUAUGGUGUGGUGUUGCUUGAGAUCCUCACCACACGAUUGCCUGUGGAUGAGGAUUUUGGGGAAGGAGUAGACUUAGUAAAAUGGGUUCAUGGUGCUCGAGCAAGAGGGGAGACCCCUGAGCAGAUACUUGAUGCAAGACUUAGCACGGUUUCCUUUUGGUGGAGGAGAGAAAUGCUUGCAGCUUUGAAGGUAGCUUUACUCUGCACUGACACCACACCUGCAAAACGACCCAAGAUGAAGAAGGUAGUGGAAAUGCUCCAAGAAGUGAGGCAAAAUUGAUCCACAAUUAUCUUAUCUGCUUUCUCAGCCAUUUAAGACGGGAAUAUAUCCAUAUUGAGGCUUGGAUAUGUAUGUCCCAACCAACUCCAUUUUGAGUAAUUCAUUUAUCUAAACAAGUGGGCGAAGGGGGUGGCAGGAGGGCGGCUCAAACAAGAACAACCUACCUUAAGAUGCCUUCGAUUGUAAUAUCCAAAGUUUUUGGUUUCCGAACUUGCUAGAUAUGAUUUUCUUUUCUUUAACGGAGUUUCAAUCGUAUACUAAAUUAUCAAAACCAGCAUCCUCUGAUUGUCGCAUUGCAAUAUGCUCUCUGUCAAAACACCAAACAGUUGAGACAUAAUGCAGGGAGUGACUUAAGUUCGGAUCAAACCAACUCGUAAGUGUUGUACAACUUAAUAUUAUAAACAGUAAAGUAAUAAACAACCCAGCCGUUGGGUUGUCCACCUCGAUCUACUCAGACAACUACAAUUUGUGUCAAAACACAAUUGGGAGAGUUGUAACUGAUGAUAGAUGAGAAUCCGAAACAACCCAUUUGUAUUCAUUCAUUGACUAUAUAUUAAGGAGUGAUCCCACACACCUUUAUUAAUGCAAACCAAACUGCAAAUGAUUUUUUCCUGUAACCACACUCCAAGCAUUUGAUUAUACGAGGCCAGAUGUCAUUAUUUAUUUGCAACAUUAAAAUUUGUUUUGUCAAUGAAACCCGGAGUGCCAAAACAAAAGUUUGGUACUGCUUUGCAGAUGCUUAUUAAGAUCUUGUACGAUUGACAACAUCUGGUCGAUCUGACCGAAUUUUGACCUUUUAAAAGAGUACAGACAUAUUUAGGAACCAAGAACUACUCUUAAAUGCAAAGCCGGAUUAACCCAAGUCUAAUUCAACAAUUUCUUCACAGCGAAUGUAAAAUCAAACUGAAACUUUGACUAAAAUACAAGCAAAUAUUACGUCAUUCAGAACCCGACUUAACAAUGAAAUUCUGGCGGCUGAUGGGAUUCAUCACCACAGGUGGACCGGCAGUGCGAGGCCAUGCCUGAAAUUUCUUGUCAGUUUCUUCCCACCAUUCCUUGUUGGAAACAGUGUUGGGUGUA